AGCAUCUGCACCGUGCACUCUUUGAUACUAUUGCAACAACUCACAGACACCCCUGGUAACAUCCUUUGGGAACAGCAAAGGUUCCACUGAAUCGGCACAAACUCCAUUCGGUAGGCAGGGAGCGAACUGCCUAGCCCUUGAGUCUCCAACUCAUCUGAGCCUGGGUGUACCAUGGCUGCUUCAGAGAAUGAAGGGGAUUCUCAGAAAUUGCGUUUCGGUCCCUGGCUGAUUAAAGAGAUCAACAGCAACAAGUAUGAAGGGAUCCGCUGGACAAAUGAAGUCCACACUGAAUUUCGUAUCCCUUGGAAACACAAUUCCAGGAGGGAUAUUACCAACAACGAUAAUGAAAUUUUCAAGGCCUGGGCCAUCGCCAGUGGAAAGUACCAUCCAAAUAUCCAAGAUCGAGCCAGGUGGAAAACAAACUUCCGCUGUGCCCUGGGUUCCACUAACAUGUUCGUGAUGGUGGAAGAUAACUCCAAGAACUCCGACGACCCCCACAAAGUGUACAAAAUCAAGCAGCCCCUUGCUGUGGCAACAAACAAUGCUCCUGCUACUACAAACCAUAUACUGCAGGAGGAUGAAGAUGACAAGGACAAGCUUGACACCAGACCUCCUACUGUGAAAGUUGCCAUUCUGUCACAGCCUGCAUCUCACAUACAGCAACAGAUAGAAAAUGGUUUUCAGAAUUUAUCGCUGAGAAACCCUCCUCAAGAAAUGGACGGCAUGCAGGCUGGAAGGGCAGACUACCACCCCUUCCGGGAUCAGAUGAACAUCUGCCAUCAUUCCACUUCAAAUGAUUACCCUGAUGAACCUGACCUAGUGGAGAUGCUUAUGGGCCCUUGGUUGCUACCCUUCACUGCUGGAGAGGAAGGUCCAUACUAUCAACCGAACCAAAGUAAUCACCCCCAACAGGAGAACAGAGUGCUAAAUGGACCAGUGGAGAAUUAUGCCCCAGUUGUCCAGUGGGCCGUCGAACCUGUGACAGAAUUCCACCCAGGGCCAAAUGGUUAUACCCCUUCUGCCGCUUUGUUUCUCCAGCAGGACCUUUCACACAGUGCUGCCAUACCUGUCACAGGUCAUCUUAAUAAUACAGCAAGAAACCUGUCUGAAGGGAGAUCUCAACACAGCAACCACCCUGGUACCCAGAACAUCUUCCUGAAUGAAGCCCCUGAUGGAAAUGCCAUUGUCUAUCAAAAUGAGCUAGCAGAGAAUGGCUCUAACCAGUUGGCAAACCAGUGGAUGGCCCCUGCCGCAGUGGAGCAGAUUAUGCUCAACCCCUGUGCUGCCCCCCUUCCACAGGAACCUUCUCACAACACAGUCCCUCUGCUGAACAACACAGGAACCAUCCCACCCAAUCUGGAGGUCACCAUCUACUACCGGGGGAAGCAGUCCCACCUCGUGGAAGUGACCCAGAGCAAGUGCCUCUUCACAUACAAUAAUGAAGACCCUGCCCUCCCCCAGGACUGCAUGCAGGUGGUGUAUUUCCCAAGCCCAGACCAUCUGGCGGAUCACAAGCAGGUUCAUUUCACCAGGCAUCUUCUCCAGAAUGCCAGGCUGCAGCUGGAGCAGCGGAACAACAGGAUCUAUGCCCAGCGCCUGGAUAAAUGCAAGGUUUUCUGGGCCUUCUCCAAGCAGCUGGCCAAUAUGACUCAGUGCCCUGAGCCUAGGCUGCUGCCACGCAGUACAGAUGUGGAGCUGUACAACUAUGAGACGUUCUGGAAAGAGCUGAAGGACUUUCGUGAGCACCGCAGGGAGUGUUCUCCUGACUUCACCAUUUACCUUUGUUUUGGGCAGUGCUUCUCAGAGACCAGGGCCAAGGAAAGCAAGUUGAUCCUGGUGAAGCUGGUGCCUAAGUUCUGCGAGAAUCUCCACGAGAUGGUGCUGAGAGAAGGCACUUCAUCCCUGAACAGUGGGAACCUGAGCCUGCAAAUGUCCGCCUCUUUCAACAGCCUGUAUGACUUCCUUGAGCAAUUCAGCAUGCAAAUCGAGAUGCUGCAGCCAGCUGGCAUCUUACCUUUGGGUAAAAGCAGCUCUGUCCGAAACUGAUGGCUACAUGUUCCACAAGUUUUAAUGUUCU